CUGUGUUUGUUCUGUGUCGUGGGUUUCGUGAUAAUGGAGAUGGAAUGUAAACGCAUAAUCUACGCGACUGAAAGAGCAAAAAGUGGGGCUAAUUUAGUUCCCCCAAAAGGAGUUCCUAGAACUAAAAUCGUUUCUGCUGUGCGAACACAGCAAAAUCCGGGAACUUCAGCCAAUAGUUCUAGGAACUAUGAAAAGGUUCCUCUGGUGCGAAAGCAUGUAUAUUGACAACAACAUGAAAAAUUUUCAAAAUGUCUCCUUUUGUGAUCCACAAAAGAAAGAAGGUCAUUGAGGUGUUGGAACGACAUGAGGGUGAGUAAAUGAUGACACAAUUGUCAAAUUUGGGUGUAAUCUUGUGGUUAAGUACAAAUAUAUCCUCUUAACUAAUACAAGGUCAUGGAAUUGUAUACAAUACAUGCUAAUAAUUUCAUGUCAACUGCUGAAAAUGUUAAAAAUGUUUAAGAAAGAGCUGUUGCAGGUGAAAAGCAUAUGAGAGAAAGAGAGAGGCUAUAAUCCAAGUUUCUGAUGCACCCAGUAUGAUUGAUCUACCAUGACAGAGCUGCAUAAAAACAAAGAACAAAAAAAGUACCCGAAAUUAAGAGAUCAGAGCACACAUUUACUUCUAAAGGUACGAAAAUAUUACUUUUGAGCCCUGACGAUAAUUUGUUGCCAUCAAUUAUUUUUUUCAUCUUUAAAAUGGUGUCAUUUCAUGCUCAAGGAUCGCUCAGAAGGAAUAUACAGACUUUCUUCUAUGCUGAUUUUAGGGUGAAAUCUGUGGAAUGGGUUUUAACAUGGUAAAAAAGCAUUAAAUGGACCUUGGAGUUAAACACAGCAUAUAUUCAGCCAAAAUAUGAACACGUAAGGGCUGAUGGAUGUGAAGAAUAAUCCCAAUUCUUUACUGCAGAUUCCGGGGUUGCUUUGCAAAAGAUGCCGAUCACUUUUCCUUGAAGAAGAGCUACGUUUGACCUCAUUUGGUGUUGCCGAAGGGAUGCAGACAGAGAUGUGUUGUUGGAAAGGGCAUCUCUCUUCUAGGCCGCCAACUGCGAGAUGAGUGGUGUCGGUUUCGGGGUUUUGUGAAAGACGGAUCGGUGCCAUUAGAGACGUAGCUUCUGGGUAAAAGUUUAGAGUCUACUGUCAGCUGUAAUCACAAAACCAAACCUCUGUGGUUGCAGCUGGGAAAUGAUGAAAUUCUGAUGCAGUAGCUCUGAUCCAAAACCUAGUGAGCUGCCUACAUAGGCAGCUUCCUUCUAAGACAGCAUCCAACUGGCAUGAGUGAUCCAUUUGGAGCGCUCUACUUAGGCAUCAACUCUGUACGUCACAAAAUACAGUGCUCCACAUGGGAGAUUUGACAAUUGAUUACAGUAGUUUUUGCUAGGAUAAUGGCGAGUUUAAAAAUACUUAUAACUCUUUUUUUAAUCAAUACUAUUCAGUAUUGAAUGCAUCCUUGUAUUGUCUUCUCCACAAAGGAUACAUGCAGUGCUGUCUUUGGCUAAAAUUAGGCACCUUUGGAAAGGUCUUUGCGCACUUAUGACGCCUUAAAAUGCUGACUCCGUAGGCAGCUCAGUGGGUUUUGGAACAGAGCGAGCAUGUUGGGACUGAGGAAGGAAAAUAAUCUUGCUGCUCCUGAGGUGCUGUUUUUAUAUCCCAUCAUUUUUCUUCUUAGUUGAAAAUGUCAAAGAUAGAUAGUUGCAGUGGUCAUUUGUGGCAGAUGUCAAUCACCCAUGCCAGUCUUUACUAAAGAGUUCAGCUAAGCCAUGUUAAAGGUAAAUGGCUUCUGGGUCAGUGAUUGGAACACAACGUUCCUGUCCAGGUCUGAGUGUGACAUUCUGUCUGCACUCAACACUUUAUCGGAUAUGACUGACUGAUUAGCAUGAGGCUGCAAAUUCAAAACGCUGGCCUUGUCUGUAAAUACAGCUGGGCAGUUGACAAAUAACAUGUACGGGGACAUUUUAAGGUUAAAAGUAAUCUGAAUGUGUAAGGGAAAGCAUAUAUUUUAGGUUUUAUGUUUUGCAAUUUUAAUCACCUUUUAGCUUUUUGCACUUUCACAUUCUUAAAAGUACAUAUAUUUUAUUUAGUGUCUAAAAAUUAUAUUAGAUCAUAUUAAUUAGUAUGCAUGCAUAAUAAUUGCACAAUAAUUAGACAAAUGUUGUUUAAAGUCUACAUGAAAUCAAAAUGUACCUCAUCUGCUUUUCCUAAUACUAGUCAUGUUGUUGUUGUGCACUUUGUAAUCCUUAAUAAAAAAAACUUUUAGGCUGAUGUAAAUUAGGAUGCGCAGGCCACUGGAUAAUGUUAACCAAUAGCCAAGGCUAAAAAUAUCAUUAAAAACCAUGCUAUGUAUUCUAAGUAAUAUAAUGAUAUAUACUUAAAAUAAUUGUGUAUGUAGUUGUAAUAUUUAAUUGUGUAAUUGGCUGUAUUUGUAAAUAAAUGUAAUUGUGUAUUUGACGUCACAAACUAUUACGUGAGUUUCACCCACAGCAGAGAUUUGAAAGCUUUCACAUAGCAGAAAUGAACGCGACAACAGCCAAAGCAUGUUGCUUACAAGUCUGCAUGUUCUGCUGUCUCUGUGUGAAUGAAUGGCGUUGUUUCGUCUACUACACAAACUCAAACACGUGCAACGCUUGCUGUGUUACAUGAACUUCAACUUCAGAGCUUUCUUCACCAUUUCAUUUGGAAAAACAUGACAAACCACCAAAAUAACAGUGAUAAGCCUAUGUGUGAACUGAUAUUAUAUUGUAGAUCUACUGUUGUGUUGGGUUUUGCUCAGUAUGAUGUUAAAUGGCAGAUCCGUGGGCUUGCUGCAGUUUAAUAUAGUAAGAGACUUUCUUUUUCCCAGAGAAAACCUAAAAUACUAUGUGGAGGAUGCAAGAUAAUAAUUAUAUGAUCACGUGGUGAACCUAUGAACCUUGUAUUUAAACAACUAUCACCUUGUGUUGUUGGCCAGAUAAAAUGACAAAGAAAAGAAAAACUGACCUAAAUUUUGGCUGUAUUAUUUGUCUCCCCUUCAAAAACUGCUCUUUAGAAAAUGUAUGUUUACCCCCCCAACUGUUAGAUGAAAUUUACGCCCAUGCUUUCAUGUUAAGUUUAUAUAGAUUAGAAGUUUUGCAUGGCAUUUCAUGCCAAGUACCCAACUCUGAGCUUGCAGGAGAAGUCACAUUUAUCCCUGACAGUCAGCAAAUGUUUUCAAAGCUGUUUUUGAGGUGGUUACGCUGGUCACCACCCCGAGGGUGGACAAGUUUGUGGGUCAACUCAGAAAUUCACUGCAGUUAAAAGGUGUAGAUUAGGGCCAAAGAUCACCUCCAGCUGGUAAACACUUACCUUGGCCCUGUAAAAAAGCUCUGUAACUUACCUGAACCGACCUCAUCUCACCUGAUAAAACCCAGCACUGGCCCCCAAUGUAGCUCACCGUUCCAUAUCCUGUUGCAUGCCACAAAGAUUAAUCCAUGUGAGGAGAUGACUGCAGAAAGGGGGAGAGUUUUUCGGUCACGGACACAUCACAGUGCCGCUUGAGCAACCCCAAUGGUGCCGUUAUUCGCAAGGGCAGUCAUGCCUACAUGCGCCGCUCAAUAAACGCCGGCUCCCGGGAGAGCGACAGGCCACCCUGCAGGAGCAAUAUUUUUGCAUUCGUUCGCUGAGAGAUAGGAGCGACAACGCCCUCUCAGUGAAGGUGAGACAGAAUUAAUGUGGGAGACAGGUAGACAGCGGGGACGUGCUGAUAGCUGCUGUAAUGAUGGAUUUGACUUUAUCUUUCCAGAGCGGAGAGUAAUGUUAAUGCCAUGACGUGUUACUGCUGUACUCACGGCGGAGGCCGUGGUGAUUAUGCAAAUAACUUCAGCUGUGACACGGACAAGGCCACACAGACUGUACAGAGUUGUCAUGUAUGUCUGGGAUCUGAUAAUAAUAUAUAAGCACACUUUCAACAGAGUGAAUAUUUCAUAAAGACAUAUGUUCAUCAUGGGACAUAGAACACGAUAAUGUGAAACAAAGGGCGUGAAGUGGCAAGGCUGCAGACGCCGGUUCAAUGCUUCAUUUGAACAGCACAACAGCGCCACCCUGUGGUCACAUACAUCCACAGUCACCCAGAUCACUUAAAGUGACAUCUGUGACGCUGGAUAAAAUCUGAUGAUGUUCAACAUCUCAGGAAAAUUCUCAAGAGGCAAGAAAAAGAUUAAAGCAGUUAUUAAAUAUGUUGAGAGUUUUGCUUUUAAUUUUUUUCAAUUCACAGUAAAGUUUCUGAGAUUAUCGUUCUUAUUAAUAUUUUUAUUAAUUUGUGAACUAAGCUCUAUCUAACUUCUUUUCUUGAGCAUAGUGAAUUUAAAAUACAUUUUUGCACAAUUUUUUAGCCAUUUAAAUUUAAUUUAUUAUGGUUAAAUGUCUGUCUGUCAACCUACCUCUAUCUGGUAAAGCUUGUUUGCGAUAUUUAUAUCGUGACGAUCAUCAAGUCUGGUAUUCAGUCUGAGCCUUUGAGGACAUCGAUUCGUAGGCCGUGAAAGUGUCCCUUUCCGCUUUCGAGUGUCUCUCUUACCUUCAAUCUCCACCAGCUAAAGUUAUGUGAAUAUUAUUUAAACUUCUUGUUGUUGAACAGCAGUGCAAUAGCCUACUGUAAAGCCGUUACCUCACCUUCCCGCGUCUUGUCACACACGUGUCACGUGACGAGCUCGUCUGCGAUUGUCCUGGUAACGGUUACCCGGUAACGAGCGCGAGGAUAAAAGAGCAACGGCACGCACAGGUGUAUUACUUCGCGGAGGGGCGACAGUCACAGUUACAGAUGGUUGGACCCUUGGGUGGAGUCAAGCCUUCGCAUGGAACGGGCAGACCAGGGGGGCGUCCGACUAACACUGGCCUCGACCAAUACUGUACCACCUUCAGACAGUCUUAUGGUAAGGAGUUAUUCCAGCCAAGUGUAGGCCAUCAUUUUGGGACAGGUUACUCUGCCAACCACCGUCCUGUUCUGUACUACAGCUCCAACCUGGACCGCUAUGAUAAUCCACAGUUUGGUCUCUCACUGUUGGACAGUUUUGAGUCUCAAUCGAAGCGUCAUUACCAGCGUCUGGCUCUGCCUGACGGGACGGCGCCUUUGGCCUGCUCGGGGUCCAGACACAGAGAGAGUGGAUAUUUGCAGCUCCAAUCUCAGCCAAGACCCAGAGCAGCGUCCCGUCAGACUGAAUAUAAAGGCACUUACAUUCCUCACCACCUCAGAGUUUUAGUUGGACCCAUAGAAGAGAGUGGAUACACUGAGGGAACCAAUCUACAGCCAAACACCUUCCUUCCUCAACACAUUAACAUGGACGACGCUCGCAGGAUACAGGAAAGUGUGACGAGGACUGACUUCCUGCCCGGAUCUUUCCUACAGGGCAGUGAAGCAUUACCAAAACUUGCCUCCCGUGCACUUCGAGAAACUGGAUUUACAAGAGACACCCAAAGGCCUCUGACUGAUUCAGCCUCUCUGCUGGAUGGCUUUAGUGAGGACAGCAGACAGAAGACUAGACCUCCUGUAACUAGAUGGUCCAUUGGGCCAACGGGCUCAUCAGGAUUCGUCCUGAACGCCCCCAACAUCACAAGCCUCUCACAUACACCAGCCGACCCGCAACACUUCCUCACACACUACCAAAGCAAGUUUUGUGACAAAUCAUCAGUGGAGCAGCAGAGAUCAGACUGGGUGAGAGGAGGCAUACAGAGACACAGAGAGAGCGGGUACAGUGGACGAGACACGGAUAGGUUUAAUCUUAGUGGAUAUAAUGUGCUGGCUUCACAAUAAAUAUGAAAUACUGGUUUAUACGAAA